AAGUGGUGGCUCGUUCCGCGCCUUUUCCGGUGCUGCCGAGACCGGACAGGAGCGGAGCGGCGCCGAGAGCAGACCGGACCGCACCACACCGGACUGGACUGGACUGGACUGGACCGGACUGACCCCGACCACUCAGAAGAUGGGAAAGGUACUGUCGAAGAUAUUUGGGAACAAGGAGAUGCGUAUAUUGAUGCUUGGACUUGACGCAGCCGGUAAGACCACGAUCCUGUACAAACUAAAACUGGGCCAGUCAGUCACGACCAUUCCCACCGUGGGCUUCAACGUGGAGACAGUGACUUAUAAGAACGUAAAAUUCAAUGUCUGGGACGUGGGUGGUCAGGAUAAAAUCCGACCUCUGUGGCGGCACUACUACACUGGGACCCAGGGAUUAAUAUUUGUGGUAGACUGUGCCGACAGAGAUCGGAUAGACGAGGCCAGGCAAGAGCUCUUACGCAUCAUCAACGACCGGGAGAUGAGAGAUGCUAUCAUCCUGAUAUUUGCAAAUAAGCAAGAUUUAGCCGAUGCUAUGAAGCCACACGAAAUUCAAGAGAAACUGGGUUUAACUCGUAUCCGGGAUAGAAAUUGGUAUGUGCAGCCGUCCUGUGCCACUUCAGGAGAUGGACUAUUUGAAGGCCUUACGUGGCUAACGUCCAAUUACAAAUCUAAAUGAGUAUAUAAAAACUGUUGUGGGCAAAUAAUUGCUUCUCGGAAACAUAUAUACUGAGAGAAGUGAUCGUUGCCCUUUUACUAAUCAUCUUUGUUAGCUUUUCUUUGGCAUUUGUCGUUGCUUUAAUUCGGCGCAUUUGAAACUUUCUAAUCUUGAGAACGAGAACGCAAUGUUAAGCAUUUUGAAAGGUUUUUCUUUAAACCGUUUGCCAUGAUUUGAAUAACUUCCUCUUUCUGUAUUAUGAUUCGAUUUGGGUUUUCCAACACUUAAAGCUGUUUAGACUUCCUUUUUAAUAGCUUGCUGUAGAUCGCUGAUUUUACAUUAAUGGAAAAAUGUCUGGUCUAUAUUUCAAUUAGUAAACAUGAAAGCUUAUUUGAACAAA